AUGGCAACUACCGUCGACAAAAUUAAGGAGAUCGAGGCCGAAAUGGCUCGGACUCAGAAAAACAAAGCCACGUCUUUCCAUUUGGGCCAACUUAAGGCAAAAUUGGCCAAAUUGAAGAGGGAGUUAUUGACACCAACAUCAUCGGGCGGCGGCGGAGGUAGUGGUUUCGAUGUCGCCAGGACAGGCGUGGCCUCGGUCGGAUUCAUUGGUUUCCCUUCGGUGGGCAAGUCGACCCUGAUGAGUCGUUUGACUGGCCAACACUCGGAAGCCGCAGCCUACGAAUUCACCACCCUCACCACCGUCCCCGGCCAGGUCAUGUACAAUGGUGCGGCUAUUCAAAUGCUGGAUCUGCCUGGUAUCAUUCAGGGAGCCAAGGAUGGCAAGGGACGUGGUCGCCAGGUCAUCGCCGUGGCAAAGACAUGCCACUUGAUCUUCAUCGUCCUCGACGUGAACAAACCACUAACGGAUAAAAGAAUCAUCGAGGCUGAACUGGAGGGCUUUGGGAUUCGCAUCAAUAAGGAGCCGCCGAAUAUUGUGUUUAAGAAGAAAGACAAAGGUGGACUGAACAUUACCAGCACUGUUCCGCUCACCCAUAUUGAUCACGACGAGAUUAAGGCCGUCAUGAACGAAUACCGCAUCUCCUCGGCUGACAUUGCAAUUCGGUGCGAUGCGACCAUUGACGACCUGAUCGACGUGCUUGAGGCCAAGAGCAGGAGUUACAUACCAGUCAUAUAUGCACUUAACAAGAUUGACUCCAUCUCCAUCGAAGAGUUGGACUUGCUCUACCGCAUCCCAAACGCCUGUCCUAUCAGCUCCGAACACGGCUGGAACAUUGAUGAACUCCUCGAGCAGAUGUGGGAAAAGUUGCAACUGAAACGGAUAUAUACCAAACCCAAGGGGAAACAACCCGAUUACACGGCCCCAGUGGUUUUGAGGAAGAAUGCCUCCACCGUGGAAGAUUUUUGUAACGCGAUUCACAAGACCAUCGUUGAGCAGUUCAAGCAUGCCAUUGUCUACGGUCGCUCUGUAAAACACCAGCCUCAAAGAGUUGGCCUAGCCCACGAGCUGGCCGACGAGGAUAUCAUCACUAUCAUCAAAAAAUGA